AGUGACUCAUUGGAUCCCGUUCUAAAGUACGUAACUCAGAUGCUUAUGGAAGAGAACAUGGAGGAGCAACCGUGGGUAUUCGCCGAUCAGGUUGCUCUGCAAAAUACUGAAAAAUCAUUGUAUGAUGCCCUUGGUCAGCAGAAUUUGAAACAGUCUGAUAAGAGCGCCUCACAGGUUGAGUUAAGCCAAUAUAUCGAGAGCCCAGCUAGCAACCUUUCUGGAAGUAGCAGUGCUCACAGAAGCCAUGAUGCUACAAACGUUACUCUUAGCUCUAGUGACUUGGCCGAUGCUGAUAUUCCGUACACAAUCGGGGAACAUAGCCAUGCUAUGCUGAAAAAUCCUGACCAAAACUUCCUGUGGAAUGUGGAUUCCAAUUCGCAGUUCUUGGCCAAUUCUUCAAGCAGCAUCACCAAUUAUGAUGAUGGGUCCGAGGAAUCUUUGCAUGGGCUACUUGUCAAGAGCUUUUUCAGCGCUGGAGAGUCUAUGAUUCAGUUCAAGAAAGGAUUAGAGGAGGCCAGCAAAUUCCUUCUUACCAACAAUCAAUUAGCAAUUGAUCCAGAGGACAGCAAACUGUCUUCUGAAACAAAGAAAGGAACCACAAGAACGGGCAUCGAGGAGGAGAUCAACAUGAAGAGCUCAUCUAAUGGAUUCAAGGGAUUACAGAAUCACGAGAGGGACGAGGAUGCUUUUGAGGAAGGCAGGGCUAAUAAGCAAACAGCUUUGUACACAGAAGAGAGUGAGCUUUCAGAUUUGUUUGAUAAGGUGUUGCUCAGCACUGAAAAUGGUCCGAGUAUGUGUUUUGGUGACAAAUCUGUGGAGACAGGGGUGACAAAAGACAUACGGCCACCGAGGAGUAAGCGUGGUUCCAAUAGAGGUAGGGGCCGUGGAAAGAAGCAGAAAAGCAAGAAUACUGUUGACUUGAGAGCUCUUCUGAUUCUCUGCGCACAAGCUAUCUCUACUAGUGAUUUCAGGAGUGCUAAUGAAUUGUUGAAGCAGAUUAGGGACUCUUCUCCAUUUGGGGAUGCCUCUCAAAGAUUGGCCCAUUACUUUGGCAACGGGCUGGAGGCACGAUUGGUGGGCAACAACAUUCGGAUGAAGGACUUUUAUUCUACUAGUAUUCUUGCCAGGACGACCUCGGCAGCCGAUUUUUUGAAAUAUUACCACCUUAACAUUUCAACGUGCCCAUUUGCUCAGUUCUCCACGUUCUUUGCAAAUUACAUGAUUUUGAAAUUUGCAGAGAAAGCCACUACCCUUCACAUAAUAGAUUUUGGCAUUGCAUUUGGUUUUCAAUGGCCAAACCUCAUACAGAAGCUCUCUUCUCGACCAGAAGGGCCCUGUAAAUUGCGCAUCACAGGAAUAGAGCUUCCACAGGCUGGUUUUCACCCUGCAGAAAGAAUAGAGGAGACAGGUUGCCGUUUGAAAAAGUAUUGUGAGCGUUUUGAUGUAGCUUUUGAAUUCAAUUUCAUAGCAUCAAGGGAUUGGGAAUUAAUCAAAGUUGCGGAUCUCAAGAUUCAAAGCAAUGAGACAGUUGCUGUGAAUUGUUUAGUUCGGUUUAAGCAUCUCCUUGAUGAGACAAUUGAGGACAACAAUCCACGUGAUGCCGUGUUGAAUCUAAUCCGGCAAAUUAAACCGGAUAUUUUUGUUCAUGCUGUACGUAGCGUCUCCUACAAUGCGGCCUUUUUUGUGACAAGAUUCCGAGAGGCACUUUUCCAUCUUUCUGAUGUGUAUGAUUUGCUUGAUGCUACCCUUGAUUGUGACAACAGAGAGAGGUUGGUCAUUGAGAGAGAGUUCCAUGGACGGGAAAUCAUGAAUGUCAUAGCAUGUGAAGGCUCGGAAAGAAUUGAGAGGCCCGAAACGUACAAGCAAUGGCAGGUCCGUCAUAUGAGGGCUGGGUUUAAGGCGCUUCCUCUGGACCAAGAUUUCAUGAAGUUAUUCAGGGCUAAGAUGAAAGCAUGGUACCACAAGGAUUUUGUGCUCGAUGAAGAUGGCAACUGGAUGCUGCAAGGUUGGAGAGGCCGGAUUUUUUAUGGCUCCUCCUGUUGGGUGCCUACUUAGGAUGUUCCAAAAAGAAUGUUUUCUGUCAUGGACAUGUAGAUUACUGGGAUUUUUACCAAGUCGACAGGUCAAGGAUUCGUAUUAAAGUGGCUGAGCACGAACUUAUUUCCGGCUCCUCUGUUGGUUGAUGUAUCUUUUACUUGCAAAUUGUUUUGAAACUGGAAUGCUUACUUACUAUUUAUCUAAUUCUCGA